AUGUCUCAAAGCACAUUCAGAAGAGCCAUUGGAGCAGUGAAGGAUCAAACAAGUAUAGGCCUAGCAAAGGUGGGAAGCAGCGCCUCACUUGCUGACCUUGACGUGGCCAUUGUGAAGGCAACGAGGCAUGAUGAGUACCCAGCUGAAGAGAGGCACAUUAGGGAGAUUCUGAGCUUAACAUGUUACUCUCGGGCAUUCAUCAGUGCAUGUGUAAACACCCUCUCAAGGCGUCUCAGCAAGACUAGCAGUUGGACAGUGGCUUUGAAAACACUUGUUUUGAUUCAAAGAUUGUUGUCAGAAGGUGAUCCUGCUUAUGAGCAAGAAAUUUUCUUCGCAACUCGGCGUGGGACUCGCCUCCUCAACAUGUCUGAUUUCCGAGACAAGUCGAAAUCUAACUCAUGGGACUUGUCUGCAUUUGUGCGCACUUAUGCAUUAUACCUAGAUGAAAGGCUGGAGUACAGGAUGCAAAGUAAGCGUGGAAAGCGUAGCAGGUUUGCUUAUGAUGAGGAUGAGGAUGAACCUAUAGAAAGAGAUAGAUAUAGAGAUAAAGAUAGAGAAAGAGAAAGAGAAAGAGAUAAGGAUAGAGAAAUCGCUGUGAAAUCCAUACCAAUUAGUGAAAUGACGACCGAGCAACUAUUUUCCAAAAUGCAACAUUUGCAAUUGCUGCUUGAGCGCUUUUUGGCUUGCCGUCCCACAGGGCGAGCAAAGACACAUCGAAUUGUGAUAGUUGCCCUCUACCCUAUUGUGAAGGAGAGUUUCGAAAUAUAUUAUGACAUGACAGAAAUACUACGUAGUUUAAUUGAUCGUUUCACUGAAUUCGAGAUACCAGAAUGCAUAAAGGUGUACGAGAUUUUUUGUCGUGUUGGAAAGCAGUAUGAUGAGUUAGACAUGUUGUACAGCUGGUCCAAGACUAUUGGAAUAGCACGCUCUUCCGAGUACCCGGAGAUAGAGAGGGUCACAACGAAAAAGCUUGAGAUCUUAGAUCAGUACAUCAAAGAUAAGUCCCUCUCAGCACAAAACAAGAAACUUGAGACCCAAGAGGAAAAUAACGAAGAGGAAGAAGAAGCUGAACCAGAGGAGGAUCCAAAUGCAAUCAAGGCACUACCACCACCAGAAGAAUUCCAUGAAGAACCGGUAGAAGUAGUCGAAGAAACAAAGGAAGAAGAACCAAAGGAAGAAAAAUUGGUGCAAACAGAGGGUGAUCUAUUGAAUUUAGGAGACGAUAUGGAGACAAGUCAAGAACACGGGGACAAACUAGCCUUGGCAUUGUUUGAUGGCGCUGCACCAGCUACAAGUGCCACCCAAGCUCUUCCAUGGCACGCUUUCGAUGAUGAUGCAGCAGAUUGGGAAACAGCACUGGUCCAAUCUGCUAGCAACUGGUCAAACCAAAAGCGUUCAUUAGGUGGUGGCUUUGACACAUUGUUGUUGGAUGGCAUGUAUAAACAAGCAGCAACAAAUGCAGCUACACAAGGACUAAGUUAUGGAACAAGUGGAAGUGCCAGCAGUGUAGCACUAGGGUCAGCUGGAAGGCCAGCAAUGCUAGCAUUGCCAGCACCACCAACAUCAGGGAGUGGCUCAAGUUCAGCAAGUGCAGAUCCUUUUGCCGCUUCAUUGGCCAUAGCACCUCCAUCUUACGUGCAAAUGUCAGAGAUGGAGAUGAAACAGAGGUUAUUAAUGGAGGAACAUGUAAUGUGGCAGCAAUAUGCAAGGGGUGGCAUGCAAGGACAAGUUGCACUCACGAAACUACAAUCUAAUAAUACUUACAUGGGACAGUAUCCACAAUACUAUGGGCAAUAUUAUCAUUAAAUAGAAAAUAACUUUCACUAGUUUGGACUGACCCCAGUAGAAAUGCUCGUUUCUUAACUCCUUCCAGUUGAUCACUCACAAAACUGUAAUGUAACAGCAAGAAAACAUUUACAAAGGACGAAAAAAAUCUACCGCAUUAUGGUUUGGUUUCAAUUCUUAUGCGUUCACAAUCGACACAAUGCAUUUCAUUUCCCAAAUUCAAGGGCAAAGAUAAUUGUUUCAGCGCGACAAUAAACCGACAAAUCACAAUUCAAUUUAGAAAAAAUUACACCAA